CAGUGAGAUCACAGGUGGGCGGGGAGGACAAGCUGAGCUGAGCAGGGAGUGGGGCGGCUCUUUGCAGGGACCCUCUGGAAGGCUCACCCAGGAGCUAGGUGCCACCACCUUGCACAGGGUUGGUGAGCAGAUUUCUUUCUGGAGGGGCUGCUCCAGUAUCUCAGGGUCCACAGGGGUAGGGGAGAGGUUUUACUAAGGCAUCCAGCUGCACCCCAGACCUGCCCAGACUGCAGAGGCCUACACUGACCCCCAGCCCCACCCCAGACUCUGAUCUCUCACUUCUGACUCCGCCCUCGGCCGCCCAGCCUGCCAGGGAGAGGACGGAAGGCCAGCCAAUCCCAGAGGCCCCAGGCCGCGCCCCGGCCAGCAAGAUCCCAAGCGAGUAUAUAAAUACACCUGCCAGGAGCCCACGCCCAGAGAACUUACAACUGCCUCAGACAGCGCUCCACACCUGCAAGGGCACACCCAUUCCCCUGUACCCCACCUGCCCCGCACCGCUGGUGACGGCCAGCCCUGGAGAGGAACACCUGCCAGCUAGAGCUCAGGCCAGCCCACCCCGGAGGAGAGGGAGCCAGCACUGCUGUGACGGGAGGGCUCGGGGCCUCAGCCUGGCAGAGCCAGCCAAGAGGGCCAUGCCCGGGACCCGCUGACCCCAGCGACCAGCCUGGAACCAUGUCAUCAGGCCCACAGGUGUGGCAUACGGCCAUGCCGCCUUCUGGCAGGAGCAGCCCCAGAGCCGCAGUGCCCAGGUCCCCUGCCUCGGCUGGCAGCCCCAGGUCCCCCGGCACCCCUGGCUCAGAGAAGGUGGCCUCUCCUCUGGAGUGCUCCAUCUGCUUCUCGGGCUAUGACAACAUCUUUAAGACGCCCAAAGAGCUCUCCUGCACCCACGUCUUCUGCCUGGAAUGCCUGGCACGGCUGACGGCUGCGCAGCCCACAGGCGGGCCUGGCGGAGAGGCUGUGCCCUGCCCGUUCUGCCGACAGCCCACAGCUGUGCCUGCCGCCGGGGCCCCUCUCUGCUGCCGCCCGCCGCCCUCCGCAUCUGGCCUGGCAGCGCCCGGCUUCAUGUGCGUGGAUGUGGGCCUGAGCAAGCCCACUGAACCUGCCGUACCCUCACCUUCCCCGGGCCCUGCCCGCCAUUGGGGCCGCCUGGCCCGCUGCUGGGCGCGCUGCGGGGACUGGAGGCGCGUGGCGCUCAUCACAGCGCUGCUGCUUGUGCUCUUCUGUGUGGUGCUCUGGCCCGUGAGAUGCGCUCUCAAGACAGGGAACCUUCGCUGCCUCCCCCGGCCCCAGGCUGCCACCACCGCCACUGCUGCCGCCACCACCUUCUCGCUUGGGUCCCUGGCUGACAACUAGGGUCAUCACCGCCACCCCAGUUCCAGGUGUGGCUGCCCAGCCCACAGCUGGGGUCAUGGGAUGUAGCAGCUGUCUGGGGUCCAGCCCUGGGAUCCCAGAGGAGCCCCAGUAUCUCUGAGGCACCCACACCCCCAUUUGGCUCACCUGCCCCUGACUCUCUGGGGCCCGGUCCUAUGGGGUGGACAAAAAGUUCCCCUGAGCUUCCAAGAAUCAGAGAUUCCUAUGGACCCCAGAGGCCACCCCCAUAACUCCCAUUAUGCAGGUGGGGACACUGAGGCCCAGGAGCAGCAGCUUGGUGGGGACCCUCCCUAUACACUGAAUCGUCUGCAGGCACAGCCCCUUUGCUGAAAAGGGAGAGGACUUGCCAUCCUUAUUUCAUAUGCACAUUUCACCCAUGGCUCCCUCCCCAGAGUCCUUCCCCAGGCAGGGCUGGCCCCUUCCUUGGGUGACCAGGGGGACAGAGGGAAGUGGCAGGGAGCCCAGUCCCUCAGUGCUCAUCCCACCUGGUGAACUGUACAUUUUUAAAUAAAUUAUUUUGUACCCGCAGUUGGUAAGAGGUC